AUGACAGAAACUGGUCUUGAUGAUCGGAUCGAGUCUCUUCAACUUUUCGGCAGUUCCUAUAAUGUAUUCCGCUGCGAUAGGAACAAAACCAACAGUACGAAAUCCACCUUCGGAGGUGUUCUGAUCGCUGUUGCUCAGCAACAUUCUAGUUCACGUGUGAACAUUACCCACGGGACUAAUUUGGAACAAGUCUGCGUAUCGGCAUUCAUCAAUGGACGUAAGCUUUUUCUUUGCGCAAUAUAUAUUCCUCCAGACAACAGUAGAGAUGUCUGUAUGAUUGAGUCACACAUUGCAUCAGUGCGUGAGCUUUGUGACAAGGGAUCAAUUGAGGACACUGUCUUGGUUUGCGGAGAUUACAAUCAACCACGCUUGAGUUGGUUAUCGCAAGACAACGUAAUCCAAGUUAAAAAUGCUGCCCAGUUACCGCCAACAAGUUCCGCCUUAAUUGAGGGAAUGGAUUUUUUAAAUCUUAACCAGUUUAAUGUACACGCCAAUCAAAUCGGACGGGUCCUUGACUUAGUUUUCUGCUCGAUGCACCACAACAUUUCGGUCGAGAAGUCAGUAUCCCCCCUUCUACCCGUCGACACGCACCACCCUCCGCUAGUUGUCACGAUGCAAUCGCCUAGUUGUCCGGCUAUGCCAGUAGUUGUUCCAACUAGCCAACAGCUGAAUUAUCGCAGGAUUGAUUUUUCCGAGCUGUGUGAUUAUUUGCUCCAUCUGGAUUGGUCAAUGCAUCUAGGAAACAGCGAUGCAGAUGCAAUGACUAUGAACUUCUGCCGAGUAAUUCAGGACUGGUUGCAGAAUAAUCUCCCGGUAAAACGACAGCCUGUUUCCCCGGCGUGGAGUACAUCGACGCUGCGAUCCCUUCGCCGAAAACGAAAUGCAUGCCAACGCAAACUUCGUCGCAAACGAUCGCCGGCUACAAGUCACGAUUUUCACGUUGCCAGUGAAGCAUACCGGAAUCUCAACGCUGUUCUGUAUAGAUCGUAUGUACAACGAGUUCAAGUAGGCUUACGAAGUAAUCCCAAAGGAUUUUGGAACUUUGUGAAUUCUAAACGGAAAAAUCACAGCGUUCCUUCCAAUGUGUACCUCGAUGGAAAGGCAGCGUCGUCCACUGCAACAGCCUGUGAAUUGUUUGCCAAUCAUUUCGCCUCCGUCUUUGCUCCCUGUUCAGCGUCUGAUCAGGAAACCGAAAUCGCAUUAGGAACUGUUCCGCAAGAUAUCGCUGAUUUAAGUACCUUUUUGGUUUCACCCGACAUGGUAAUAGCAGCUGCAAGAAAGCUAAAAAGCUUUUUCUCCCCUGGACCAGAUGGGAUUCCAGCUGCAGUUUACUGUCGCUGUGCCGUCGCUUUGGCUGAACCUUUGUCUCGCAUCUUCAACCAAUCAUUUGACCAGGCUAAGUUCCCCGAAGUUUGGAAGCAAUCCUACAUGUUCCCAGUGUUCAAAGCCGGAGAUAAGCGAAAUAUCAAGCAGUUCCGCGGAAUAACGAAUCUUUCAGCUGGAUCUAAGUUGUUUGAAAUUGUUGUCAAUCAAUUCAUCCUCAGCCGUACAGGAAGUUUCAUCUCCCCAGACCAACAUGGCUUCAUGCCCGGGCGAUCCGUUUUAACAAACCUGCUCGAAUUUACGUCAACUUGCAUCAAUUGCAUGGAGAAGAAAACACAAGUGGACACUAUAUACACAGAUUUGAAAGCAGCUUUUGACCGAAUCGACCAUGAAAUUCUUCUCAAGAAGUUGUACAAGCGUCCGACAAGCUUACAUCGUGGUUACGCUCCUACCUUACGCACAGAACGCUUUGUGUGA